AUGGGAGAAGGGGCUCAACGAAAGGAAGCAAGCUAUCGAUCCGCGUGCACCGAAUGUGCUCGUCGCAAGCAAAAAUGCAACCGUGAGUGGCCUUGUAACGGAUGUCAGAAACGUAAAGUGGCAGAUAAAUGCCGCUUCAAAGACACCAACCAGCCUGUGACUGAGAAAGCUGCUGUGGAAAGGCAGCGAAAGAAUCGAGUCACCAUCAAAAGUAGCCCCGAAUCUCUCGAUUCCGAGGUUGAGGAUACAACUAGUGACAGGAUUCAUGCCUUGGGCUACACGCCUUCCCAUCUUCUUUUUAAUCUUGCAUCAAGACACGAGGAGUUUGUGAAAGACCCCACUGGCUUUGCGCAGCUAGAACGGGCUCUGCAAGCUAUCCCUUCGAAGCCGUACACCGACAUACUUAUCCAGAACUUUCUCAACAAUGUCAAUUACCACUACUAUAUUGUCUAUCCGCCAUUGUUUCUAGAGCAAUAUCAGCAAUGGUGGACUUUGCGAGCCGAGAAUCGACCACUGAGCGUUCAAUGGACUUGCCUUCUUCUCACAGUUUGUGCAUGUGCAUCGCAGUAUACCGAUGUUGAACUGCAGGCAAAACUCGAAGGCGACCUUGGCCAUCCGAUCCAGCAAAUUGCCGAACAAUAUCAGAGAGCUGCUCGAGAGCUGGCAAGCGCUAUCCCACUGGGUCACAGCCAUCUCAUCAAUAUCCAACAAUUACUGCAUUCUUGUUACUGGUUCAAGUCUGAAGCACGUUUUGUUGAGUGCUGGCAUGUGCUGAAUGCUGCUAUUCGAGAAGCCCAAGAACUUUCUAUCCACAAGGAAGCAAAGGCUGGUACUCUAUCUGAACUGGAUCUCGAAAUUCGACGAAGAAUAUGGUGCAUCCUUGACACUUGGGACUGGCAAAUAACUACACUCUUGGGCAGACCCUUAAUAAUUGACCGAAACGACUGCGACGUUAGUCCCCCAAGCCUCAGCUUGGAGGGCUAUCAACACCCACCCUUGACACAUAUGAAGAUGCAGUCCAGCUUGAUUCAACAGAUUUCUGGAAGAUUUGGGCAUACUAAGAACGUUGUGACCCAUGCAGAUGUUCUGGAAUACCAAAGGAUCGUCGAAGCUUGGAUCAACACCUUCCCUCCCCCUCUGAGUGUUUAUGACCCAGAUAGAUCGUUAGAUGCAUCAUGCCCGUGGAUCACUUUGCACAGGCAUAGGAUUCGUACUGUUGCAUUCACAAUGCUUGUCCAACCUAUUCGAGGCUUCCUGACAAGGCCAUUUGCUAUCCGAUCUCUGGAAGCUGAGCUGCAGAUACGCAGCGAUGGUAUAAACUACUGUCUGGAGCUUAUGGUAUCUUUGCGUGGAUUCUUCGAUCACGUAUACCCAAGGGAUGCCAAAUACCAUUUUGUUCUGUUCUGCAUCUUCGAUAUCUCAACCGUGCUGUGUUCAGCAAUUCUUCAUGAUGAGCAGCACACGUUACCUCGGCGCGACGAUGUUUACAGAGCUAUAGACGAAGCACAUGCUUUGUUGCAAAGUAUGAGAACAGUAGCAAAAUCGGCCAAGGCAUAUGGAAUUUUAACCCGAAUCGUUCAGCGACUUCCCAGGACAGCGCCAACAUAUGACACUACGGGGGAGAGACCCAAGGUAUUUGCACCCCAAGUUUCGGAAGUUGCUGCAUCACCACAGAUAACCCCUUCAGUCGGCAUCCCGAAUCAGCACAAUUCACCUCCUGCGGCGAAUUUCUCACCUUCGCCAAUAAAUUUACCUACCCCUGGAGUACCGUCUCCGGUGUACUCCUUAGCCAACGGACCCCCCAUGGCUGGCGACUUUGCACCUCCUGCAGUAUAUACUGGCCCUCCACAAUGCGGCGACUGGCAGCCGCAGUUGUGCAUGCAGGACCCGACGACAUUUGCGCCCACCCAGUUUACUUCUCAGGGCGCCAUAUUUGCGAAUAUCUCGGACGAGGAGCUUGGCGAGCUGGCAAAUGUUUGGAACUAUCAGUCCCUCGAUUUCAGCUUCAUAAACUCUUAG